AUGGCCCCUUCUGCAUUCCCUCAACGUAAUUGUGGUAAAACUCUUAGUCGCAACUUCGACGUAAUUGUCAGUCUUGCCGCUGCCUCGACGUUCACAUCAUCAUUGCCUUUCGAUCUGUGCAACGAGCUCUGGUCCUUUUUGGAGCCCUCGCCAACCUUGCUGAAAACCAACCAACCAGAAGCUUACUUCCGCUCUGGUGAUUCUGUAAGUAUAUCAUUCGAAUAUAAUAAUUUGAUAAUAUCGAGAAGUCCCUGCGUGGUGGGCUUGCGUCAACUCGGCCAGUUCCCCGAGUUCGCAUGGAAGACCAAUUGUGAAGUGCUGAGCGCAUGCGGCGUCCAAAACGGACUGGUGGUUUCUCUCAGCAACAGUAGAUUGUUAUUGUUGGAAUACAAAACACCGCAGCCUGUGAACCUCCGAGAUCAGCUUGCCCUGGAGGCCUCUUUGGGUCGAUGCAUCCCGAAGGUCGCGUCCGAGAAAGGGAAACUCCUCUACCUUAGCGACAGAGACAACAAACGUAUCAUCCGAGCCGACCUGGUCAACGGUGAAGUUCUUCGAUAUCCAUCGGGCAACAACGUAAUCUUGCGUAAUUUCCACGACUCUGCUGAUGUGUUCAUGUAUACUGCUCACGCGGGCAAGCGAGUACAAGCAGUCGCGAUCUCCCCCAAUGGUCAUUGGGUCGCCAGUGGGGACAACUCUGGCAUUUUGAGGGUUUGGGGCUCCAGAGGCGACCAUGCGGACAAAGGCGAAUUCAGACUAUGGAACGGCGACAUCAGAGGCAUCUGCUGGUCUCCCGACAAUCAACGCAUCGCCGUGUGUGGUAGUGGACGAGAGGUAUCAGCAGCUUGCAUCAUGUGGGACACCGGAAAUAAGGUAGAGACUGAUAUUGGCUCCUAUGGGAAAGGGCGGCACACCAACUUCGUCCAGGGGGCAACAUUCACUCCCAGUGGAGACCUCCUGCUUACCUGUGGCAGCGACGGGCUGGUAAACGUCUACGAAGGAUUGACCGGAGAUUUCCUCUAUGCUUUCCCCAAGUUGCCCUCCACGGCAUUUUCUCUGGCGUGCCCUGAUGACAAUACUGUUGUUGUUGCAUAUGCUGAUAAACAUGUUGCUGGGAAGGACGCUGUUAUCACUACAUGCCUUGACGGUCGCUUGCUAAAGUGGAGUGUGCCAGAUGGGAACCUCAUCGAGACUUUGACUGGCAGCAGUGGAAGGGUGGGGCGAGCUAGCUCUUCAUAA